AAAGCGGCCGCAUCCGCUGCUUUCGGGUUCCAUCGGACUCGCUCCGUUUCCUGGCUCGGCUCAGAGCCGCCCAGCGCCGCGGGAGGGAGACCGCGGACCCCGAGCGGACCCCGCGGCCCGGGCAGGCCGCCCCCCCAGCGCGAUGGAGAUCCCCAUGCCGGCCCCCAUCUGCCUGAUGGAGAACAGCCCGGCGGGGGAGCUGCGGGUGCAGCAGGAGGCGCUGCGGGUGCUGGCGGAGAUCUCCCAGCCCGUGGUGGUGGUGGCCAUCGCCGGGCUGUACCGCACCGGCAAGUCCUACCUCAUGAACCGACUGGCCGGCAAGAGAACGGGGUUCUCGCUGGGCUCCACCAUCCAGUCGCACACCAAGGGCAUCUGGAUGUGGUGCCUGCCCCACCCCCACCCCCGCCAGGCCGGCCACACCCUGGUGCUGCUGGACACCGAGGGGCUGGGCGACGUGGAGAAGGGUGACGGGAAGAACGACACGUGGAUCUUCGUGCUGGCCGUGCUGCUCAGCAGCACCCUGGUCUAUAACAGCCUGGGCACCAUCAACCAGCAGGCCAUGGACCAGCUGCACUACGUGACGGAGCUGACGGAGCGCAUCAAGGUGAAGCCGGCGGGUGGGGGCAGCCGAGGGGACAUGAAGGUGAAGCCGGCAAGUAAAGGCGUGAAGGUGAAGACGAUGGGUGAGGGCGCCCGAAAGGGCAUGAAGGCGAAACCAGUGGGUCAAGGCAGCCGAGGGGACGUGAAGGUGAAGCCGGCAAGUAAAGGCGUGAAGGUGAAGACGACGGGUGAGGGCGCCCGAAAGGGCAUGAAGGCGAAACCGGUGGGUCAAGGCAGCCGAGGGGACGUGAAGGUGAAGCCGGCGGGUGGGGGCAGCCGAGGGGACAUGAAGGUGAAGGCGGCAGGCGAGGGCGGCCGGCGGAAGGGGGAGGAUUCGGCCGAGUUCGUGCGGUUCUUCCCGGCCUUCGUGUGGGCCGUGCGGGAUUUCACGCUGCAGCUGGAGCUGGACGGGCGGGAGAUCACCGAGGACGCGUACCUGGAGAACGCCCUGAAACUAAAGCCAGGCAGCAGCGAGCAGGACCAGCUCUACAACCUGCCCCGAAAGUGCAUCCGCCAGUUCUUCCCGGGCCGGAAAUGCUUCGUCUUCGUCCAGCCGGCCGGGUGGAGGGACCUGCCCCGGCUGGAGGAGCUGCGGGAGGCUGAGCUGGAGCCCGAGUUCCGGGAGCAGGUGGCCCGGUUCUGCCACCACGUCUGGGAGACGUCGGAGCCCAAGACCAUCCCAGGCGGCCACGUGGUGACCGGGGCCAGGCUGGGGAACCUGGCGGUGACCUACGUGGACGCCAUCCGCAGCGGGGCGGUGCCCUGCAUGGAGAGCGCGGUGCUGGCCCUGGCGCAGAUGGAGAACUCGGCGGCGGUGGGGGAGGCCGUGGCUGCCUACGAGGAGCAGCUGGGGUGGCGGGCGGCGCUGCCCACGCAGAGCGUGCAGGAGCUGCUGGAGCUGCACGCCCAGUGCGAGCGGGAGGCGCUGCGGGCGUUCAUGGCGCGCGCCUUCAAGGAUGAGGAGCAGCAAUACCAGCGCCAGCUGAAGGACGAGCUGGACUCCAAGCGCGCUGAGCUCUGCCGCCGGAACGAGCAGGCGUCGUCAGACCGGUGCACGGCCGCGCUCUUGGAGCUGUCGCUGGAGCUGGAGGAGCGGGUCUGCGAGGGGAGCUACUCGGUGCCAGGGGGCUACCAGCGCCUCCUGGACGACCAGCGGGAGAUGGUGGAGAAAUACCAGCUGGUGCCAGAGAAAGGGAUCAUGGCGGCCGAGGUGCUGCAGCAGUUUCUGAAGUCCAAGGAGACGGUGGCCCAGGCCGUCCUGCAGACGGACCAGAGCCUCACGGACAAACAGAGGGAGAUUGAAGUGGAGCGGGCGCGGGCCGAGGCGGCCGAGCGGGAGGCCCAGCUGAGCCAGGAGAUGCAGGCCAGGACGGAGCAGCUGCUGCAGGACCAGGAGCGCAGCCACCAGGAGCACGUCCAGCAGCUGACAGCCAAGAUGGAGGAAGAGAGGAGGCAGCUGCUGGCCGAGCAGGAGACAGCGCUGGCCCUGAAACUGCAGGAGCAGGAACGGCUGCUGUGCGAGGGGCUCCGGGGGCAGGUGGCGCAGUUGCAGCAGCAGAUACAGAACCUGACGAAGGAGAUGAGCCGGCCCCGGCGCUCCCGCUGCGUCGUCUGCUGA